GCUUUCUUCCUGGAGAAGCACCCACGCCACGGCAAAGCCCACAGCUCCCCAGGCAGCCUCGAGAAGCUGGACCCCCUCACGGCCAGCAGCCUCAUCAAAGCCUACUACGGAGCUGACGUCUCCGCUAGUCGCCUGGACAAAGUCCUGGACGCCUUGAUUGCUGCGAACAACCAGGUGGAAGCAGAGAUCCAGACAGACCCAGCGCACUACUUCUACUGUGAGGAGAUUGCCAAGGGUCAGUCUCACCUCCAGGCAUACCGCAAGACUCUCCUGGAUGAGGCCCGGAAGGAAGGCAGCAUGGACGGAGCUCGGGUCAGCGCCGGGAAAGCUCUUCACAUCCUGCAGAAGUUCUACAGCAACAGCAACUGGGUGGAGAUGGGGCGGGGGGUCCCCUACGAGCACCUGGGUAUGGGGGGCUGUGAGGGCGGGUUCUUGUGCAAGGACAAUCUGCUGGUUACCGACAUGCUCACGAGUGGUUACAGGAGCUGGAAGGCCUGCGGGAAGAAGCCCCCAGGCAAGUGCAGCCAUGGGACCCCUGAUGACAUCACCAGCAGGUCCGCGCCCACUGGGGGCAUCAACAAAGAGACCUGGGACCCAGUGAUGUCCCCCCACCAUGACUUGCACCUUCAGGCUGCCAGGCUGGCCAUCCAGGCCACCCGGGACUUCUUUGUGGCACCAGGCUACGGGUUCCUGGAUAAGGUGGGUGAGACAGCCUUCCGGAGCUUCUUCAACCUGGCCACCUAUUCCCUGACCUUUGUGGUGGAUACUACGGGCAGCAUGUCCGAAGAAAUUGCCUGGGUCAAGGACCACUGCCUGGAGCUGCUGCACAAGUACGCCGGGUCCCCUGAUGCCCCCCACAACUAUGUGCUGGUACCCUUUAGUGACCCAGACUUUGGGCCGGUCUUUGUCACGGAGAAUGUGAAGGAGUUCCAGGUGGCCAUCGAGGCACUCACAGUGUCCGGAGGAGACGAUUGUCCGGAGAUGGCGCUGAGUGGAUUGGAGCUGGCACUGAGAGCCAGUGAGCCAAGGUCUAAGAUCUUCACCUUCACGGAUGCUAGCGCUAAGGACAUCGAUAAGAUGGAUGUGGUCAAGAUGCUCGUGGAGUCCAAAGGCAGCCAAGUUAACCCCCUCCUGACUGGGGUGUGCCAUGAGGACCGCGCCAUCCGGGAGGCCCCCAGGCCCUUCACCAACGUCUUUGAGGAGCUGGCCUGGCUCUCGGGUGGCUUCUAUGUGCUCACGACCAAGGCGAAGCUCCCCGAGCUGCUGGGGGUGAUGGAGCUGGCCCUCAAUGCUGCCCCUGUCACUGUCAUCCGGGGCCGGCUCAGGGGGGACCCGAUGUACUUCUCUGUGGAUGAUGCCCUGAGUGAGUUCACAGUCUCCAUCCGCAGCCUGGAAGGGGCCAGGGCCGAGGCCUUCUCGCUCACUCUUCAGCAGCCUUCAGGCACUGCCCCACCUGACCUAACCACGGUCAUUGCCUCGGUUGACCGGCAGGUCGUCAAGGUCCCCCGUGUGGCUGAGACAGGGAUGUGGAAACUGACAGUGGUUCCCAGCGGAUACUAUGAAGUGGAGGUUGGGGGCAAGAGCCUGCUGGACAUCAACAUCCAGCUCCUGGAGGGCACCCAGGACCUGAUGCUGCCCAUCCAGGGCCGGCCUGUCCAAGGGGGUAACUACACGGUCUCAGUGAGGCUUCAGGGUGAGGACCUCGGUGCCCGCCCCCAGCGCCUGGUGAUUCUUGACUCUACUUUGACCCCUGUUGAUGCCAUCCCCUUGGUCCAGCGGCGCAAUGCCCAGAGCCAUGUCCUGGGCCUGGCACGUCUCAGCCUGCACCACCCGGUCACCAUUCUCCUUGUUGAGGGGCAAACUGGGACCGGGGUCUCUUUCAGCCGCCUCCACCCCACGCCCGUGACUGCUGCAGCCGUGCUGCUGGCGGCCUUGGAGGGGCAGAACACCACUCUCCACCCUGGGGACACCACCACCCUCCAGGUGCAGGUCUCAAACUCCGGGCCUGAAGACACCUUCAGCUUCUCAGUGAGGGAUGAAUUGGGGCUGCUGCAGAGCUUUGAGCCAUCCUCGGUGACCCUGGCAUCUGGGGAGAGCCUGGUCCUCUACGCCAACUUCACCGCCCCUAAGAACUUCUCUGGCUUUGCCUCCAGCAUUGCAACAUUCAGUGCCCGGGGUGGAUCAGCACAGAACUACAUAAAAGUCCCCCUGAUUGCCGUGCCAGAGGCUGCCCAGACAGAGGAUGUGAUCCCGCCGACCCAUAAGCUGCUGGGAGUCAAUUUCCCCUGUGUCAAGGAAGACCCUGACUGUACCCGGCACAACUGGACAGUGCGAUUCAGUGUCACUGACGAUCAGGGCCCUGUGACCAUCCAGGUGGUUGAAAAUCCCCGGGGCCUGACCUGUCGACUAGCUACCUCCGGGGGCCAGAUCUGUGUAUAUCGAUCGACCUGCUGCUCCCAGGUGGUCCAGCUGCUGUUCAGUGACAGGACUGGAAAUGCUGACACCCUCGUGGUGGACUACAGGAAUCCCGAUCUCUAGUGGCUAUAGAGCAGGGGGGAAUGGUUGGGAGCCCAGGUGCCUGAGUUCUCUACCCCUUGAUGUGGGAGAAGAGCGGGAGCUGGAGGAGUGGGCAGAGCUGCAGAUCCUGCACCUCCCCCUAAUAAAUCCAGAUCCUGCGCCUCCCCCUAAUAAAUCCAGAUCCUGCCCCCCCCCGCCGCAGAUCCUGCCCCCCUAAUAAAUCUCUGGCAAC